UUUUAAUAAAACAAUCGCAUAUAUAAACGCGUAAUUUCGCGUAGAAUGGUUGUUAGCUGUUAUAGAGUGGUAUAAGAAGUUAAUUGAUUGGAUGAACGAGUGUAGAAUUGAUUAUUUUUUCUCUCUUUUAGUAUGUUUUACGCGUGGAUACUGCAACUCUCGGCUUUACUAAGCUUUUUUUUGAAAAAUUUAAAUGAAACGGGACAUUCUUUUGGGAGGAAUUUAGGAGGAUAGCCAUAAUAAUUGGUACAGUACUUAAAUUAGGACAUGUACGCUUUUAUGCCUACACCUGUAGCUAUAAAUUGACGGGAAAAUAUCUAUGAAACAAUGAAUGAUUGUUAAGUUCAAUUGAAACACCACUCAAAAGAGUUGAUUACUAUAAAGUUAGAAGAAACCAAAAAGUCAUGGUCAUCACUUUCAAAAUCUCUUUUUGUUUUGCUAAUUUAUUUCUUUAAGGUCUUUUAUUAUCUCCUUAACUCAAUGAAAUAGCAUAAUUAGUAUGAUGGUUAAUUAUAUAAUGCUUGUCACACCGUCAUAGAUGUAUUUGGAUCUAUUUCAACCGGAGCACUUAUUUUUGGUUGGUUGGCCUUUUUAAGGCAAAAAUGAUUUUUUCAAGGUUUUUUCGGAGUAGUGCUGCUCUGAAAGAUGCAGUUCAAAUCAAAGGAACAGCAAAUGUACGGUUGUUUAACAAUUCAGCGAUUUUGACAUCAGCAACAAUCCUUGAUGGAAAGUUUCUGUCCAGAAAGAUACAGAACUCUGUUGCUGAAGAGGUUGAACAAUUAAAACGGAAGGAUGAAAAUUAUCAUCCUUCCCUCGUUAUUGUUCAAGUAGGAAAGAGAGAAGAUUCCAACGUAUAUGUUCGCAUGAAAGAAAAGGCAGCUAAGAAAGUCGGUAUUACAUACAAGCAUUAUGCAUUUCCUGACACUAUAAGCCAAUCUACUCUGUUGCGAGAAGUACGAAAGUUAAAUGAUGACCUGAGUGUCCAUGGAAUUCUCGUUCAAUUACCACUUCCUCGUCAUCUUAAUGAAAAAUCCAUCACUGAAUCCAUUUUAGCUGAAAAAGACGUCGAUGGUUUUGGUGCAGUAAACAUAGGUAUGCUUGCGAAAAACACAUCUACACCCAUUCAUGUUCCUUGCACUCCCAUGGGAGUUAUGGAAUUGCUCCAUCAUCACAACAUUCCCAUUGCUGGUAAAAAUGCUGUUAUCCUUGGGAGAAGCGACAUCGUCGGGAACCCUGUCAGCUACUUACUUCGUCAAGAAAACGCUACCGUUACCGUCUGUCAUUCUCAUACGAAAAACUUACCAGAGCAAAUUGCAAAAGCGGACAUCUUGGUUGCUGCAUUAGGCAAACCAGAGUUUGUUCGUGGAGAAUGGGUUAAACCAGGCGCAGUUGUCGUGGAUGUUGGAAUAAAUGCUAUACAACGUAGUGGCAAGCGCGAAUUGGUAGGUGAUGUUCAUUAUCCUUCUGUGUCUCAAGUUGCUGGUCACAUCACUCCUGUUCCCGGAGGUGUUGGCCCUAUGACUGUUGCAAUGUUAAUGCGAAACACCGUCAGGGCAGCUGAGCUUUCGCGAAACAAAAGCAUUUUGCGUAAGGUUUCCAUCAAUGAAGUCACUUUGAAAGAGCCCGUUCCUUCAGAUAUUGAAAUAGCCAAGUCUCAAGAACUAAAGAAAAUCACGACUGUGGCCGAAGAAAUGGGGAUCCAUGAAACGGAAAUUGAAACCUAUGGUCACUACAAGGCAAAAGUUGACUUGAAAUUAUACGAGCGGUUGAAGCACCGAAAAGAUGGUAACUAUAUUGUUGUUAGUGGUAUCACUCCUACACCUUUUGGUGAGGGAAAGAGUACGGUAGUAGCAGGAUUGGUUCAAGCUCUUGGUCAUUUAGGUAAAUUGGGUAUCGCUUGUGUUCGUCAACCCUCCCAAGGUCCUACCUUUGGCGUUAAGGGUGGAGCAGCUGGCGGUGGAUAUGCUCAAUUUGUUCCUAUGGAUGAUUUUAACUUGCAUAUGACUGGUGAUAUUCAUGCCGUUACAGCUGCCAAUAAUCUUUUAGUCGCUGCUCUUGAAACCAGAAUGUUUCAUGAAAGUACUCAAAGUGACGCAGCUCUAAUUAAGAGAAUGUUACCUUUUAAAAAUGGUCAUCGUGUUAUUCCUAAAGGUUUGCUUCCAAGAUGGAAAAGAAUUUGUGAUAUUUUAAAGCAUGAUCCUACCGAAAUCGAUAAUGCCAGCCAAGAUGUUUUGAAGAAAUUUGUUCGCUUAAAUAUCGACCUAGAAACUAUUGCCUGCAAUCGUGUUCUAGAUGUUAAUGAUCGUUUCUUGAGAACCAUUGAAGGAGGACUAGCCCCUACCGAAAAGGGACGCAGUCGAAAGACGUCCUUCGACAUUUCCGUUGCCAGUGAGUGCAUGUCAAUUUUGGCUCUUUCAAAUGAUUUGAAGGAUAUGAGACAUCGCUUGACAAAUAUGGUAAUUGCUAAUGACAAAAACGGCAAUCCGAUAACUGCUGGAGAUCUUGGUGUAGCCGGUGCUAUGGCUGUUUUGUUAAAGGAUGCUAUUAAACCUAACCUUAUGCAAACACUUGAGGGUACACCUGCUUUGGUGCAUGCAGGACCUUUUGCAAACAUCAGUAUUGGCGCUUCUUCUACUAUCGCUGACAAAAUUGCGCUUAAACUAGCUGGCACAGAGUCUUUUGAAAAUGCUGAUAAGGCUGGUUAUGUUGUCACUGAGGCUGGUUUCGCUUCUGACAUGGGUAUGGAGAAAUUUUUCAAUAUCAAGUGUAGAAGCUCAGGAUUAAAGCCCAGUGCUGUGGUUUUAGUAACUACAGUCAAAGCUCUUAAGCUUCAUGGCGGUGGACAAAAACUUAAGCCUGGUACCCCUUUGCCUGAUGAAUACCUUUUAGAGAAUCUGGAUCUUGUUAGCAAAGGCUGUGCGAAUAUGGUUAAACAUAUACAGAACUCUCAGAAAUUUAACGUUCCAGUGGUGGUGGCAAUCAAUAGCUUUAAAACUGAUACUGCUAAGGAAUAUCAGAUCAUUCGCGAACAUGCUGUUAAUGCUGGAGCCAUUGAUGCUAUUCCUUCUUUCCAAUUUAGCAAGGGCGGCCAGGGAGCCAUUAGCUUGGCUGAAACCGUAAUGAAAGCUUGCUCGACGUCCCAAAAAAGUGAUUUUAAAUUCCUUUAUGAUUCCAAUGCUUCUAUCGAAGAUAAAAUUACAACAAUUGCGAAGGAGAUGUACGGUGCUAAAGGAAUUGAGUUUAGUCUGUUGGCGGAAAAACGUAUGAAGGAUUAUAAACGCCAAGGAUACGAGCAUUUGCCCAUCUGUAUGGCUAAGACUCAGUACUCACUGUCACAUGAUCCUAAAUUGCUGAACGUUCCAAAAGAGUUUACUGUACCCAUUCGUGAUAUGCGUUUGAAUGCAGGAGCUGGAUUCAUCUAUCCCUUAACUGCUAAAAUCCAAACCAUUCCUGGUUUACCUACGGCUCCUGCUUAUUUAAAUAUAGACUUAACUGAUGACGGUGAAAUUUUGGGGCUUUCUUAGAUAAACAAAUUGGACUGUAAAAUAGUACAAAGUUAGGCUCAAAUAUGGGCUGAAACCAAAGACUGGUCUUGUUGGAAUUAAUAUUAUUUAUUAUUAGAUUAUAACGCUGAUUAAGACGAUGCAGAGGAUUUUCAUGACUGACAAAUCCCCAAACAAUAAGCAGGUGUAGAUUAAGUUUAAUAGGUGUGAUUAAUUUAACCUCAAGAGAGAGAGGGUAACUUUUUAAAUAUGAGUUCAAUGCAGUCAUUAAAA